AUGGAAUUCCCUUAUGGAGGUGAAGGCGAAAAGUCGAAUCCUUGCCGUGCGUGGGUUGGCAGGCAGUGGACUGCCCGGCCGGGUCCCCCGUCUCAGUGCCAGUGCCAGUGCCAGUGCCAGUCCCCAGUGAGCCAAGCCGAACCGGGCCAGGCCAGUCAGUCAGUCACUGGCCACCUCUGGAAGUGGAGGCGGUUGCAGGGCCGAUCGACGCUUGGGACUGGCGCAUUGGAAGGCCGGUGGCAGCAGUGGAAGAAGCCCUGA